AUGCGAACUGCUCCCAAUAUCAUAAUCACAGGCACCCCGGGCGUGGGCAAAACAAUCCACAGUGAGCAAAUCGCUCAGGACACCGGCUUGCAGCACAUGUCCAUAAACGACAUUGCCAAACAACGCGAUUGCUAUGAUGGAUAUGACGAGGAGCGACAGAGUUGGAUUAUUGACGAGGAUAAGCUAUUAGACGCCAUUGAAGACGAUGUGACAAAAGGUGGGUAUAUAAUUGAUUGGCAUGCAUGCGACCUGUUCCCCAAGUCCUGGAUAGACUUGGUGGUUGUUUUGCGUUGUCCUUCCACGGCCGUUUAUUACGAUCGAUUGUCCUCAAGAGGUUAUCCCGAAUCAAAAGUGGAGGAAAACAUGGACGCGGAAAUUUUCGGAUUAUUACUCGAGGAGGCUAAAGAGGCCUAUGAUGAGGAAAUUGUCAUUGAAUUAACGAGCGAGAAUAGCGACGAGAUUGAAAGCAAUUGCGCCAGGAUAUCUGCUUGGGUUGAGGCAUGGAAAAAAUCCCAUUCGGAAGAAGCUACAGAUGCCUGA